AUGGGAAAGGCUCACAAACAAAAAGGAUAUAGAUUGGAGAAUACAAUUUCUAAGAAAGGUUUUCUAGAAUUAAGAAAAAUGCUUGGAAUGCCAUAAUUUGAAUUGGCGCAUGAUAAUAGCAAUAUUAUGAAAAUACAAGCGCGUUUACUAAAUAUUGAUGACAAUGAAGAAUGGAAUAAUUCAUAUAAACCCAUACCUGAAGUCAAAAUAUAAAAUUAUCUCUUACAUUGUUAGAACAGCGAUCAAUCAAUUAUUUCUUCUUUGAAUAAAGUUGAUCGUUUUCUUAGUCAAUAAGGAAGACUUAAAACUAUUGGAUAAAACAAAGAUGAAGAGAAACAAAAAAAAUAGAAUAGUUUAAGUACUGAAGUUUAGUAUUCGAAUAAAAAAAGCUUGAAUUGAUUAUGAAAAUUAUUUAUAAUUGCCUCUAAACCAAACUUAAAUUUA